ACAAGCUUGGCAUUCUGCUACAGCGUUUCACAACGCCGGUGGGUUACGCAACAAAGCAACGGCGGCAGGCAAUCAGCACUGGCGCCUCGGGCCACGAUAUCCCCCCAAGGUUACAUUCAUCCCUGACACGCGGGGUGCAAGCCCUCAAAGACUCCGGGGAAGGACCGACUUGAGAUGACAACAAGAGACUGACCGAGACGACACAAUUGCACGGAUAACACGAGGAGUCAUGCCUCGGCCCGUCUGGCUGAUGCGGAACAUGUCUACUUAAGAGCACGACGUGCCGGAACGGCCGAAGUCCUGAUACUGGGCAAGGCGACCUCCCUGGUUCGACUGCGACUCAUCAUCACCAUGCCGUCCCUGAAACUCGCUCUGCUCGCAGCCGCCGGGGCAGCCUUCGGUGCCACGCUCCACGCCCGGGCUUCGCCGCAGGCUUAUGCCUCAAGUGGCGACGGCACCUACAAGCUCUCGCCCGUCGCUGCACCGGUUCGUGGUGCUGGCAGCCCGGGAAGCAACUCCACCUGGAAGCUGUCCAUCAACGACCAGUCGUCCGGUUACAAGCAGACCGUCAAUGGCUUCGGUGCCGCUGUCACGGACGCCACCGUUGCGGUAUUCAACGCGCUUCCGGCAGACAAGCUGACGACUCUGCUCCAAGAGCUCAUGACGGAUGCAGGCGCCAAUUUCAAGCUGAUGCGCCAUACCAUCGCCUCCUCGGACCUGUCUGCCGACCCGGCCUACACGUACGACGACAACGGCGGCAACGUCGACACCUCGUUCUCGUCUUUCAAUCUGGGCGACCGUGGCACCGCCAUGGCUGAACUUCUUGCCAAGAUGAAGUCUCUGCAGCCCGACCUGACCAUUCUCGGAAGCCCGUGGAGCCCGCCCGGGUGGAUGAAGCUGAACGGUGUGAUCGACGGGACCACGGUCAACAACAAUCUCAACCACGCCUACGCCAGCCAGUUCGCCCAAUACUUCGUCAAGUACCUCCAGGCCUACCAGUCGCAUGGUGUCACCAUCGACGCCAUCACCAUCCAGAACGAACCCCUGAACAGCCAAGCGGGCAUGCCUACCAUGUAUGUCUACGCCGACGAGUCUGGCAACCUGAUCCAGCAGAACGUCGGCCCAGCGCUGCGCGCCGCGGGAUUCAACACGGCAAUCUGGGCGUACGACCAUAAUACCGACGUCCCCAGCUAUCCGCAGACCGUCCUGAACGAGGCGUCUGAGUACGUCAACACGGUGGCCUGGCACUGCUACGCCCCGAACAACAACUGGGGAGCCUUGACCACCUUCCACAACAGCAACCCGAACGUCGACCAGUACAUGACGGAGUGCUGGACGUCGACGACGACCGCCUGGAACCAGGCGGCGGACUUCACCAUGGGGCCGCUGCAGAACUGGGCCAAGGGCGCGCUGGCCUGGACGCUCGGCACGGACAAGUCCGAGGGCCCGCACCUGUCCGGCAGCGGGCCGUGCACCACCUGCCGCGGCCUCGUCACCAUCGACACCAGCGCCGGGACCUACAACCUCGAGGUCGACUACUACAUGAUGGCCCAGUUCAGCAAGUUCAUCCCCAAGGGCGCCAUCGUGCUCGACGGCUCCGGCAGCUACACCUACUCGGGCGGCGGCGGCAUCCAGUCCGUCGCCACCCUGAACCCGGACGGCUCGCGCACCGUCGUGAUUGAGAACACGUUUGGCAAUGCCGUGUACGUGACUCUUACCACCGCUGGUGGGGAGACCUGGAGCGGGCUGGUCUACGCGAACAGCGUCGUCACCUGGGUGCUCCCGGCGGCGUCGUAAGUCGAGGGGCAAAGGCGUGGAGGACUGGACUGUGUAGCCAAAUCGAGGCGGUAGUCGACAAUUGCCUUGUUGCAAACCGUAAUACCAUCAGUUCGGUUCCGUUACUCCAUCCUCCUGCCCUAUCUGGCCCUGUCAUGGCCAGUCUGAGACUGGACACGGCGUACAGUUGUCGUCUGAUUGCAGGUAUCGCGUUCUUUCUCUCAUCGUUCUGUUCCAGCGGGACGCUGGUCGCAAGCGGGUAAGCUUCGAGGUCAUGAACUUCGUUGGCAUCUGCUACGACGAGAACAUCAAUUCCAACCUCGAAGGUGAACUGCUCCUCAACAUCGCAUGACUUACACCCUUGUCUGUCUCGUCUUGAGCUGGUCGCGACUGCGGGGCAAACUGGCACUCGC